UUCUUUGCGGUACAGUAGUGAAUGAAACUCCGAGGGGUAUUCGACUUGCUAGUGUGGGAGAAGACAAACAAGAAAGGAAACAACGGCCUACCAUAUGUUGAGCUCCACUCACUCUCAUGGUGCAAGGUGAGGAAAGUUCUUGGGGGAUGGCAAGUGAUCAUGGUAGAGCUGUACCAUUCAGCCAAGCACUUGCGUAUGGAAUCCAAGGCCAUGCUCUUGCUGCUCCGCCUUCCAACUUCUUGGAGUCGCAACCCGCAGCUGCUGCUUGUUUUGGUGAGUUGGAGGAGGCCCUUAUCCAUGGCAUCAGUACUGAUGUUGAUCCUAGCAUGAUCGCAGGUGAUCUGCACACCAAGUCAGCAGGAUAUCUAGCAGCUAGGCCCCCCACACUGGAGAUCUUCCCUUCAUGGCCAAUGAGUCAUCUACAGCAGCCAUACAGUGGGAACUCGAGGUCAGUAGGGAGCACCUCUGAUUCGAGCUCAGCUCAGAACACAACGCCACAGGCCGAGUUGGUGUCCCCAGUGAGCGUGAGGGCCUACUCUGGGCAGCAGCAGGAGGUUCUGAUGGUGACGGUUGAUGAUUACAACUACGAGCAAGGACUUGGAGCUGCAGCAGCCUCUGCGCCAAUCUUUCAGCAGUAUGCAGGAGGCCAAGAAAAGAACAAGCAUGUCUCCACAAGAAAAGAUGGCAAGCCGUUAGAUGCCAAGACCGAAAGGAGAUUAGCUCAAAACAGAGAAGCUGCAAGAAAGAGUAGGCUGAGAAAAAAGGCUUAUGUGCAGCAGUUAGAGACAAGUCGGAUUAGACUUCAGCAAAUUGAGCAAGAUCUACAGAGAGCACCUUCACAGGGCCUGUUCGCUGGAGGAUGCAGGACAACGAGUUCUGGCGCUGUGAUGUUCGACAUGGAGUACGCCAGAUGGUUAGAGGACGAUAGCAAGCACAUGACGGAGCUCCAGGGCGUGCUGCAGGCCCAACUUAUCGACGCAAACCUUGGGGCAAUUGUUGAAGACUGCAUGCAGCACUACAAUGAGCUGUUCCACCUGAGGGCUGUGCUUGCAAGGACCGACGUGUUCCACCUCAUGACUGGCAUGUGGGCAACGUUGGCUGAGCGAUGCUUCCUCUGGAUGGGCGGGUUCCGGCCUUCUGAAAUCCUCAAGAUGCUGAUACCUCAGCUUGAUCCACUUACGGAGCAGCAGCUAGUAGGGAUGUGCAACCUGCAACAGUCUUCGGAGCAGGCUGAGGAGGCGCUUAUGCAGGGGCUUCAGCAGCUGCACCAGUCGCUGGCGGAUGCGGUGGGCGCUGGUGCUCUCAAUGAUGCUGCAAAUGUUGCCAACUACACUGCUCUCAUGGCCCUAGCACUUGACAGGCUCGACUCCCUCGAGAGCUUUUAUCGUCAGGCUGAUAAUCUGAGGCAGCAAACCUUGCACCACAUGCGUCGGAUUCUGACCACUCGUCAGACAGCUCGGUGCCUCCUCUCUAUCGGGGAGUAUCAUCGCCGCCUGCGCGUCCUCAGCUCCGUCUGGGUUUCCCGUCCGCGCGAAAACUUCGUUGCCGCAGAGAAUGUGAGCCCUACCGGGACCGAGCAAGUUAUCCAUCCGUACCAUCAAAGCCAAAAUUCUGGCUUCUGAACGUUCACCAGGAGGGUGCCGAUUUUGCCAUCCUCGUCAGCGGUGAGGAGGCGGCAAAUGGUAAUGUCCUGUCAUUAACAUAUUCAUUGAGAACGGAACAUCAAUGCAUCACUAGCAAAAAAGAGGGCAGAAAUGUUGUAGCCUUGUAGGCCAAGGGAAGGAGUUGGGAUGGCUCUCUUCACUUGCUUUUGUUCCGCUGGCUCUUGAACUGAAUGAAAGGUUAGCACUCCUGAAAAAUUCGGUGCAAAGCGAAGGGAUUAAAGGAAA